UUAACGGUGCACACGAUUGGAACUAAAUCGAAGAAAAUUUAUCCCACGAACGGAUACCACGGGCUCGUUUCUUGGUAAACUCUUAUGGUUUUUGUUCAGAAGCAAUAAUGUGGUGCAAAAAGUAUCUCCAAAUUUCACGACGAUUAUCAAGAAACACGUUUAGAGAUUUCCACGUUACAAACAACUCUUGUUCUUGGGACUCCAAGGAAAGCGUAAACAACGGAUCGAAUGGUAUCAAGCGAAUGCCAAGGAUACUUAUUACCGGUGGUCUCGGACAGUUGGGUACCGAGUGCGCGAAAUUGCUACGUAAAAAUUACGGAAACGACAACGUGAUUCUGUCCGACAUAAUCAAGCCGACUGUAGAAAGUCCGUCGAAUGGGCCGUUUAUCUUUGCCGAUAUCCUUGACUUUAAAGGUCUUCAAAAAAUCGUGGUAGACUACGGAAUCGACUGGCUGAUUCAUUUCAGCGCACUUCUCAGCGCUGUAGGUGAACAAAACGUUCCUCUUGCCGUGAGAGUCAACAUUGAAGGAAUGCACAAUGUCAUUGAACUGGCGAAACAGUACAAAUUAAGGAUAUUCAUUCCAUCGACGAUCGGAGCGUUUGGUCCGGAUUCGCCGAGGAAUCCCACGCCAAAUAUUACCAUUCAACGACCACGAACGAUCUAUGGUGUCAGCAAAGUUCAUGCCGAGCUCUUAGGCGAAUAUUAUCAUCACAGAUUCGGACUGGAUUUCCGUUGUCUUCGAUUUCCGGGAGUCAUCAGCAGUGAUCCACCAGGCGGUGGUACCACAGAUUACGCUGUUGCAGUCUUUCACGAAGGUUUACUUAAUAAUACAUACGAGUGUUACUUAGAACCUUACACAAGACUGCCGAUGAUGUACAUAGAGGAUUGCCUGUCAGCGCUCUUUCAGUUCUUGAACACUCCAAAUGAACAGUUACAAAGGCGUGUUUAUAACGUCACUGCAAUGAGCUUCACACCCGAAGAACUAUUCGACGAACUGAAGAAACACAUUCCCGAAUUAAAGAUUACGUAUAAACCGGAUGGACGACAAUACAUUGCUGAAAGUUGGCCACAAGUAUUCGAUGACAGCGAGGCGCGACGAGACUGGGGAUGGAAACACAAAUACAACUUGGAGAGACUUGUGGAGUCAAUGAUACGCGACGUAAGGGCAAACUUCUUAUCCAGAAGAUCAUUAAAGGAGGUCAACAGUUACGUAUAACGCAACGUCGCUUAGGAAAUAAUUAACAUGAAUUAGACAAGUUAAAAAAAUAUUAUUUAUUUUAUAAUAAAAAUACAAGUGACAAAUUUUC